UCCAAGACGACUCUACUGGUGCCGCCGUCGCAGUCUAUCUUGACAAGACAUACCCCUCCUCCUCCCAUCCCACCGGGACGACAACCCUUUGAAGCUUUCUCCAGCCAUUCUCAAAACCUUUGACAACCAUCAUUGUCGAGUCUAUAUAGUGCUUUUCUAGGGUAUUAUUAUGGGCCAUCUCACCAACAAACUCGCCAAAGUGAAAGAGGCGGGUCUGCAAGAUUUUCGCCGGUCAAGAACAAAGCCAGUAUGUCAUGGAGAAUCAUACCAGCUCUUCAACGCCAUCGGAGUCUGGAGGGAGGCACAAUGGAUAUUAGCGUGUUAUUGUUGAUGGGGAUGAAAUUAUUCAUGGACGCCGGGAGCGAGCAAGGCCAAGACUAUAAAGCUAUAUUAUCCUCUCCUCCUUUUCCCUUCCUUCCACAACGCCAGACAAUUCCUACCAUCGUUGAGAACGACCUCAACAAGCCCUACAGCUUCCAAUGGAAAACACCGCUCUUGGACCGUGGUCCUAAUACCAAGCGAUCAGAUGAUGAUAUCUUUUCAAGGUCGGCUCGACACAAUCUUAAUGGUGUCGAACCGACCUUGAUAAGAUAUUUACCAUGAAGAACUGAAUAGAAAUCAUAGCUAUGACGUCUGGCCCCUCAGACGGUGUUCGUUGCUCUGAGGCCUUCAAUCGUCGUAGCGCUGCCUGC